CCAAACAGUACCAUAUGAUGAUAACCAAAAGUUCAGGUUGUUUCCGAAGGGAAGUAAAGGCACAAAGAGCACCACCGGUUCAUGGAAACCAAAAUAUGAUCCCGAUCCAUCGCUUCUUCAUUGGAAAGAAAUGGAUAACAACAUGCUGAGUUGGGAGGGAUUAGAGAGUUUACGUCAAAAUCCUUGUGAAUUUGUAGAAGAAUAUAUGGAUUGGUAUAAUCAGGUUUCCCAUCCUUUCAUUAUUAAUAGAGAAAUUCAAGAUCUUGUUGAAGCUGAAAUCGCGGAGGCACAAGCAACGCAAGCUGCGGCAAAGAAAGCGUCUGACAGCAAAAUCCAUAGUGCAUCCGAGGCAAUGACGAUAAUGCUGUCGUCGGCAACUAAGUUAAUGAGUAAAAUGAAGAAGAAAGUUAGUUGCAAACAGACGACAUCAGUGGCUGAGCAACAAGGUUUCUGCAACGAAUUGCAAGAGGUCAUUCGCGUAGGUCAAUCCGUCAAUGCAAAGAAAAAGUCGAUGAAGAGAACCCGACAAGAACCCGGAGGCCCAAGUGGAGGUGGUAAUGCAUCCGAUACCAAUGAUGAACAUGGAGGCCGUGGAAGUGAUCAUGGAGGUGGUAGUCGAGGUGGUGGUGCAUGAAUAUGUUUUUUUAUUGCACUUUGAUGUUUUGGAUUUUAGUUUAACUUUUAAGACUAUAACUUGGA